AUGACGAUCUUUCUGGGGGAAUUGACUGUCUCUUCUUUCCAGCUGCAGUCACAUAUUUCAGUGUCGGGUGGUCUGUCCGUCUCUUCUCUCCCCAGCUUCCUGCCCGCUCCCACUCAGCUCUCCCAGGACCAACUGGAGGCUGAGGAGAAGAUCAGAGCCCACAAGUCUCAGCAGACGGCUUUGGUGGCAUCACGAAGAGAACCGCCCCCUUAUGGGCAUCGGAAAGGCUGGGUGCCCCGAUCUGUGGAGGAUUUUGGAGAUGGAGGGGCGUUCCCGGAGAUCCAUGUGGCGCAGUACCCCCUGGACAUGGGCAGAAAGAAGCGGAUGUCCAAUGCCCUGGCUGUACAAGUGGAUGCAGAGGGGAAAAUCAAAUAUGAUGCCAUUGCACGGCAGGGGCAGUCAAAAGAAAAAGUUAUAUACAGUAAAUACACAGACCUGGUACCUAAGGAAGUGAUGGAUGAAGAUGACUCAGAGCUGCAGAGACCCGACGAAGAGGCAGUCCGAGAGCUGACAGAGAAGACCCGCCAAGCCCUGGAUAAAGCUGUGUCCCAAAAGAUAGCCUCAGCCAUGCCAGUCCGAGCAGCAGACAAGCUGGCACCUGCACAGUACAUCAGGUACACACCAUCCCAGCAAGGUGUGGCAUUUAAUUCAGGCGCCAAGCAGAGGGUCAUUCGUAUGGUGGAGAUGCAGAAAGACCCUAUGGAGCCACCACGUUUCAAAAUAAACAAGAAGAUCCCUCGUGGCCCCCCAUCUCCUCCUGCUCCUGUGAUGCACUCCCCCAGCAGGAAGAUGACCGUCAAGGAGCAGCAAGAAUGGAGAAUCCCUCCGUGCAUUUCUAACUGGAAAAACGCCAAGGGUUACACCAUCCCACUGGACAAGCGUUUGGCUGCCGAUGGCAGGGGCCUCCAGACUGUCCACAUUAAUGAGAACUUUGCUAAACUGGCUGAAGCUUUAUAUAUCGCUGACAGAAAGGCUAGGGAAGCCGUGGAGAUGAGAGCCCAAGUGGAAAGGAAGAUGGCACAGAAGGAGAAGGAGAAAAAGGAGGAGAAGUUGAGAGAACUGGCUCAGAUUGCCAGAGAACGCCGAGCUGGAAUAAAGUCCCAUGCAGAGAAAGAGGAUGGAGAAGCCAGAGAGAGGGAUGAAAUCAGAGAUACCAGGCGAAAGGAGCGACAGCAUGAGCGCAACCUGUCCAGGGCAGCCCCUGACAAGAGGUCCAAGCUGCAGAGGAAUGAGGAGAGAGACAUCAGUGAACAGAUUGCUCUUGGAGUACCCAGCCAGCGACCAUCAGCAGAGGUCCAGUACGACCAGCGACUCUUCAACCAAAGCAGGGGUAUGGACAGUGGCUUUGCGGGUGGGGAGGACGAGGUGUACAAUGUAUAUGAUCAGCCGUGGAGAAGUAGCAAGGAAAUGGCACAAACCAUCUACCGGCCUAAGAACCAAGAAGUGGAUUUCGGCCCGGAUGUGGACACGCUGAUGAAAACCAACAGAUUUGUUCCUGAUAAAGAGUUCACCGGCUCAGACCGCAAGCAGCGCCGCGAUGGGCCUGUGCAGUUCGAGGAGGAUCCUUUCGGUUUGGACAAGUUCUUGGAGGAGGCCAAACAGCACGGAGGAUCCAAACGCCCCUCAGACAGUGGCCGUGCCAAAGAGCACGACCACGAGGGCAAAAAGCGCAGAAAGGAGUGA